GUUGAACCCUGUUUGAAAGUUGACGUCCCCUAAAAGAAAAAUUAUCUAACAUAAUUUAUUAAUUUUUCUACUUAAUUCCUUAAUUAAAUCGGGUUUUAGUAGAAUGGCGUCAUUAUUGAGGAGCAUCUCAUUAGGUUUACGCAGUGGUCUAGCCCAAAAUAGUGGAAUUUUGUCAUCUGCCAGACGUUUAAAGCAUUCGGAACCAGCCGUUGUUGAGGAAACUAGACCUACUGUUCGUAAACCAAAUACCGUUCAACGAGCUCAUUUUAUUGAUUUUGGAAGAUAUGUUGCCGAAUGUCUACCAAAGUAUGUCCAAAAAGUUCAGUUGACAGCUGGAGAAGAACUAGAAAUUUUAAUCGCACCCGAAGGAGUUUUGCCAGUGCUUCAAUUCUUGAAAGAUCAUCAUCAAGCACAAUUUUCAAAUCUUGUAGACAUAGCUGGAAUGGAUAUACCAUCCCGUGAAUAUCGCUUUGAAAUCAUUUACAAUAUUCUCUCAGUUCGUUUCAAUUCAAGAAUUCGUGUAAAGACCUACACAGACGAACUCUCGCCAAUUGAUUCAUGUAAUGAGAUCUUUAAGGCAGCAAACUGGUAUGAACGUGAAAUUUGGGAUAUGUACGGAGUCUUCUUUGCAAAUCAUCCCGAUUUGAGACGCAUCUUAACUGAUUAUGGAUUUGAAGGACAUCCACAGCGUCGCGACUUCCCACUCUCUGGAUAUGUUGAACUUCGAUAUGAUGACGAGAAGAAACGUGUUGUAUGUGAGCCACUUGAAUUAGCCCAAGAGUUCCGUAAAUUUGAUUUAUCAGCUCCAUGGGAGCAAUUCCCAACUUUCCGCAAUGCUAAUCCAGCAACAGAAGUAAUUGAAACCAAACAAGCUGAACAGAAAUAAAUCAAAAUUAUCAGCAGUGCUAGAAAAAUAUAUUUCGGAAGAAUAAUAAAUUGUUAAUAAGAGGAAAAACAUGUCAGAACUCUGAUGAAGAAAUCUAAAAUAAAAUAUGUGUAAAAAAGAAA